AAUCCGAGAAGAAGAGUCAUUUCUUCUUCACCACUCGUAUACUUCCUUAAAAGAAUAAUAAACUUAAUAUUAAACCAUAAUAACAUAGAGGAAGAGUAUUUUUUUCCUACGUGAAUAUGAUCCGGUAAUGUUAUAUUUUGGGGAAAGUACUGUAUAUGUUUUUCUUUUGUGUUUUACUGUAUGUUGCAUGCAACCUGGUUGCGAAUCCUAGUUAGCUAGCUAAGAGAAAGACACACCUGAAGGCUCUGUCUGUUUAUUCAGAUGUUUGACAGUUAAACCGAAAUCAAUCGAUUGAGCUGUAAAAUCUUUCCACAAUAAUCCAACAAAAUGCACAGAAGAGGAGUUGGAGCAGGGGCUAUUGCUAAGAAAAAACUCGCGGAGGCUAAAUACAAAGAGAGAGGUACAGUCUUGGCUGAAGAUCAGAUUGCACAGAUGUCUAAGCAGUUAGAAACAUUCAAAACACAUUUGGAAGAGUUCGCCAGCAAACACAAGCAAGAGAUACGAAAGAGUUCACAGUUCAGGGUGCAGUUUCAAGAAAUGUGUGCCACAAUAGGAGUGGAUCCACUGGCAUCUGGGAAAGGAUUUUGGUCCGAGAUGCUUGGAGUUGGAGACUUCUAUUAUGAGCUUGGUGUACAGAUAAUUGAAGUCUGUCUUGCUCUAAAGCACAGAAAUGGCGGACUAAUUACACUAGAUGAACUUCAUCAGCGUGUAUUAAAAGGAAGAGGGAAGUUUGCUCAAGAUGUGAGUCAAGAUGACUUAAUACGAGCCAUCAAAAAGCUUAAGGCAAUGGGAAAUGGCUUUGGGAUGAUUCCUGUUGGAGGCUCUUAUUUAGUCCAGUCAGUUCCAGCUGAGCUCAAUAUGGAUCACACUGUUGUUCUUCAGCUGGCUGAGAAAAAGGGUUAUGUAACAGUAAGUGAGAUCAAGGACAGCCUGAAGUGGGAGAAAGAACGGGCUUGCCACGUACUUGACCACCUGCUGAAAGAAGGGCUGGCAUGGUUGGAUACCCAGGCUGCAGGGGAACCACAAUACUGGCUGCCCGCCCUCUUUUCUGAACUUUCUUCCCGUGAUGUCACACCCGAGGAAGCAAAUCAGAUGACACCAUGACAAGAAAAAUGUCUCACUGAGAAUUUGGUGGAAGUAAAGCUUUUAACAAAGUUGAAAACUGUAAUUUGAAGAACAUAUCGGACACUUCUUUCUUAUAUACAAGUGAAAGAAUAGUUAUCCUAAUAAAAGCAUUUAUUUUCUGUAACAA